AUGCACAAUGGAAAUCUUGGAGGAUGGUACCAUAUAAAACGGCCCCUUGGCGACUCAUUGGCUAACAAGUGGUAUCUGGGCGUAAAAGGAGGAACUGACAGCGAAUGGGCAUUUGCUCUCUUCCUGGAUUUGAUGGAAAAGGAAGGAGUUGACCCCAGCUCAGCGCCAGAGGGAGGAUUUGGUCCUGAAUUGUUGAGAGGCGUGAUGACCAAAACAAUCCGGAAAAUCAACGAAUUUAUCGCUGCCAUUCCCAAGGAAUAUGCCAUGACCGAUCUUGAGGUGAGAAGUCUCCUCAACUUUGCGGUAACAGAUGGACACUCUGUUAUUUGCACCCGUUAUGUGAGCAGCAAAACAGACGAAGCUGCUAGCUUGUACUUUUCAUCAGGCACCAAAUGGAAAGAAGGCAAAGUCAAAGGUGAUUUUAAGAUGGAGAGACAUGACAAGGGAGCCGACAUUGUCCUAGUAGCCAGUGAACCGCUCACAUUCGAAAGGCGUAAGUCUAUGCCCCUUUUUCAUGAGAUGGCAUUAUCAAUUCUGACCAUGUUGGAUUAUAGAUAA